AUGAAGUGCUUUGUGCUGGCCGCUGUUCUUCUAGUAGAAGUCGCCCGGGCCGGCUAUACCCCGGGAGACAACUUUGAUGAGAGUGACAUUACAGUUGAACACGAUAUGGGAGAUCACAGCGAUGGAUUCGGGGGUGGUCUCGGAGGAGGUGUUCACGAAGGGAGUGACCACGUUGGAAACGGAUACGGUGGGAAUGGUCAGAACGGGGGCGGUCACAGAGGAGGAGGCAAUGGCGGUGGAUACGGGACUAAUUACGGUGGGGGUGGACCCCAUGGCGGAGGAUAUGGCAGCGGAGGUGGUAAUGGAGGGGGUGUUCAAGGUGGUGGCUUUCCAAAUGGUAAUGGAAUGGGAGUUCAAGGGGGUAAUUUUGGAAAUGGUAACGGAGGGGGUAUUCAAGGAGGUGGCUUUGCAAAUGGUAUUGGAAUGGUUGUUCAAGGGGGUGGCUUUGCAAAUGGCAAUGGAGGGAAUGGUCAUGGGAAUGGUUUUGGAAAUGGUAAUGGGGGCAAUGUUCAAGGGAAUGGCUUUGGAAAUAAUAAUGUAGGGGGUGCUCAAGGGGUUGGCUUUAGUGGUGGCCAUGGUGGAAAUUUCAAGGAGGGUACCGUCCUUAUUGUGAAGGGCGGCGGGGGCGCUAGCGGCCACGGAGCCGGAGGUUCGUUCGCCGUUGCUGGACCUACUCACGUGAUUAAGACCGUGCACCGAGUCCGUACAAUUGACCUAGGUGGAAAGAUUCUAUCAAAAACCGGUGGAUCAACAAGUCGUUCUCGCGGUAAGGCGUACGUCGUCCAAGCUGUAAAAAAAGGAACGCUUCACUUAGUUUCUCAGCGACAGUUACCCAAACAGCAAACAUUUGGCAGCAAAGGGAAUGGCGGAUGGGCUCCGGCAGCAACUCCUCAACAAAAUAUUAACGGUGGCAGAGGCUGGGAACAGCCUGCCCCCCCUCCUCAAAGGAACCUUGGUGGCGGAAGUUGGCAGCAAGGCCCAACUAAGGGUCAACAGUCCGGGGGUCAACAGACCAAGAUUUUCGUCAUCGAGGCCGUGAAACAAAAUACAGGUCAGCAUGCCCCUCAGCAAUCUGCGGGCUCCUUUAAAUCCUUUCAUAAUGGCAACUCAAACGGGUGGGCACCUGCUCCCCAAAGGACCUUUGGAGGUGGAAACCAAGGCUGGCAGCAAAGUCCCGCACUAAUGCCCCAAAAAGGCCACGGAAAUGGCAGAGGUGUUCAACAAACUAAGGUUAUGCAAAUGGUUGCUGGACCUGGGUGGCCGCAAGCUGUACAGGCCCCUCAAAGGAAUCAUGGUGGUUCAUUGCAGCAGAGCAAGGUAUACGUCGUCCAGGACAUAAAGGAAGCGACAAUACACCCCGCACCUGCGAACUCGUUCAAUGGAGGCAAUGGAGCACAUAGAACCGCAGGCGGGAGCUGGGCGCCCAAUGGCGGCGGGGGUGGUAGUUCUGGAGGAUGGUAAGACUGAGGAUUGUGUGAGAUUAUCAGUCGCCCCGUCCAUCUAAACCUGUACCUUUAGCAGCUAAAUGCACUACGAGCAUAAACGUCACUCACCGGGACAACCUACAUUUGCAUUUAGACAGCAGCAGCUGCAACAAGAAGACGUACGAACUUGCCAGCCAAAUAAAGACAGGUCACUCUCGCGUUUUACCCAUGCUCAUAAUAUGCUAUGCACUAUAUACGCACAGAACUUUGGUAAAACGUACAGCUCCGAUGAAACGUAUAGCAACAUUCAUCAACGAGAAUUAAUGAAGAUCAUAGUUAGAAAAAACAGCUAGGCAACUGUAGGAUUAUUCAUGCACCAUUUUUGUAUGCCUUCAUUCACAACCACCAUUUCCCACUGAUGCCCAAAUGUUUGCAAUGAUAAAAUCAUAUCAUCACCAUACCUUUUAUAUAUAUAUAUAUACUACAGUGGUUAAAAGGAUCCUGUAGCGCUGUUGUAAAUCUCUAUCUUUAUUCGCAGAAAGAACAUCCCGGUCGCUCGAUCGCUGCUUAUUGUCUCAGAGUCAUGUACAGAUGAAUAUACAUAAAUACAAAUACUCACACACGUACACACCUACGUACUAGACAAAUGAAUUUAAAUGCUGAAUAAUCAAAUCUAGCCAAGAAAUAGCUUAAUAUAAUGAA